AUGUCCGGAGGCGCUGAGCGAAGCGGGGACGCCUCGCGCGGGGCGGGCAGGCGGGCAGGCAGGCAGGCGGCCGCGCGCUCCUCUCCCCCUCCCCGCACUCGCUUCCGGCCCCGCCGCGCUCCUGCUUCCGGGCGCGGCAGGCCGCCGCUCUGCACGUUCACCACUAUGGUUCGCCCGGCGGCCUGGAGGACUUCCGGGCCGAGCGGCCGGGCCGUGAGGCGCUUCCUGGGUGUUUCCGUACUUUCGCUGGGCUAUGGGGCCCUGCCUAUCCGCUUGAGGCCGAAGAUGGUGCCGGGCGAGGCUCUGCCACUCUCUCCGGAGUCGCCGCGGGGUAGCGCCGCGGCCCAGGCCGUCGCCGCCAAGAAGCAGCGCGCCUUCGCCCGGAGGAAGGUGGGUCGGUGCCGGGCGCCCGGCUCUGAGCCGACCGAGUCUGGGGCCCGACUGAGUCGGGCCGGCCGACCGGUGUUAUUGGGCGGGAGCAGCCCGCCCAUGGGUCGAGGGGAGGGGCCUGCCGGUGUAUCCCGGUUGGUGCUUGUGUUUCAGGCCUUCUCCCUCUUUGUCAAGGCAAAAGAGGUGCCGGCCGCUGCCCGGUGCCCCGCCGGCGGAGAGGCCGUGCGGUGGCGGUGCUGCCGGCAAGCCUUCGAAGAGCUCUCCGGCAUUCAUAGGCAUGUGGCUCUGCAGCACGCCGCAGACAUCGGGCAGCAGGCAGGAGUGGCUGCACCGCAGACAGCUGCUGAAGAGAGCUCCUCCAGCAGCCCGGCACCUGCAGGCAAGGCAGGUGGGCUUAAUGGGCACUUCUGUAGCAGUCCUGAGAUCUCCUCUACACUCCCAGACACAAGCCACAUUAGCCAUGAAGAUCUCACAAGCAAGGUGGGAGAAGUACUUCUGUAUUACUGUUACUGUGAGGUGAAGGACCCAGAGAAACUCUGUGCUUGGCAAAAGGCUCUGUGCCAGCAUCUGCACCUCACUGGCAAGGUACGAGUUGCUUCAGAAGGGAUUAAUGGGACAGUUGGUGGAAGCAAAGUAGCUACCAAACUCUACAUUGAAGUUAUGCUUUCCCAGCCUCUAUUCAAAGACAUUUUGUGUCAAGAGGAUUUCAAGAGCAGUGCAGGAGGAUCUCAGUGCUUCCCAGACCUUCGAGUUGGAGUAUUCAAGGAAAUUGUACCUAUGGGCAUUGAUCCAAAGAUAGUGUCUUACAAAGAAACUGGAAUCCAUUUAUCCCCUCAGGAAUUUCAUAGAGAAGUAGAGCAGUACUUGUCUCAGGCCAGUCAAGGACAAAGUGAUACCAUCUUGCUGGACUGUAGGAACUUCUAUGAAAGUAAAAUAGGCCAUUUCCAGGGUUGCCUGGCUCCAGAUAUCAGGAAGUUCAGCUAUUUUCCCAGCUAUGUAGAUGAAAACCUGGAGCUUUUUAAAGACAAGCGUGUCCUGAUGUACUGCACAGGAGGGAUUCGCUGCGAGAGAGGCUCCGCUUACCUACGGAGCAAGGCAGUGUGCAGAGAGGUUUACCAGCUAAAAGGUGGAAUUCACAAGUACCUGGAAGAGUUUCCAGAUGGAUUCUACAGGGGGAAGCUGUUUGUAUUUGAUGAUCGUUACGCCAUUUGUUCCAACGAGGAUAUCAUCUCAGCAUGCAGAUACUGUGGGACACUGUGGGACCAGUACAAACUCUGUUCCAGCCAGCACUGCCGGCAGCUUGUUCUGACGUGCCCAAGCUGUCGCAGCAAAGGUCUCACAGCUUGUUGUCCUGUUUGUCAAGAGAAGGAGCUCCAGGUGACUUCAAGGGCUUCAGGGCAGACACUGAAGGAGGAGUGUGAGUGUACCAGGAGACGGCCAAGGGUACCUAUUGAAGACGUCUCGCGGAGGACGCUGGAUGCAGGGAAGGAUUAAGCUGCUUGAUCAGCUAAUCUGAUACCUGCUGGUGUGAGAGGCUUCAGUCACCAGAGCCCUGUUUCUCACUCAGUGAGGUUUGGAAAUCAUGGAACUGUCUUGGCUUGGAAAGUCCUGUUCAUAUGCUGCCUUUCAGCCUAGAGUACACCCUGAAAACCAUCCAUUACUUGAUGUUUAAUUACCAGAGUGCCCAACUCAUCACCAGCACUACAGAGUUCCUUUCCUUGGGCACAGUCUUGUAGUCUGGUGGCUUCUACUAUGGGGAUCUUUUUGAGCAGACUGUGUGCAAUGGGACACAGCUGCUCACAACUCAAAAGAAACUAAAGAGACAUGAGAACAAUUCCAUUAUUUUCCUCCUGCAUGGAGGUGGAUCUGUCUGACCUCUCCACUGAUCAUGCUAGGAUGUGAAAACAGCAGAUGGAUCAGCUGGGUGUGGGUAUGUGACCAGAUUAGAGCUGAAGGUGUUUUCUUGUACACACCAUCUGCCUCCAUCUCUUGCUUCAUACCAGUGAGAAGCAAGAGGUGGUGACCUGAAGUCAGUGACUUGACUCCUCUGUAAAACUGUCUGAGGGCACCAUAAGGAUCCUUCUUGUUACUGGAGCAAAGGCCCAUAGAUACUGUGUGUCCAGCCAUACUUGUGUGUGACCUUUAG